CCGCCCCUGCCGCAGAGCCGGGCGGGCCCUGCUCCCGGCCCCGCUCCCGGUGCAGGUGGCCGGGCCGCAGCGGACGCCCCGGAGUCCGGCCACGAUGCUGCGUUUCACUGCUUUUGCAGCUGUGCUGCUGUUCUUCAGGCUCACUCUAGAACUGUCCUGGGCCCARGCCAUCCCUGCUCUCUUCAUCGUCUACCUGGGAUCUGGCGGAUGGGACUUCUUCCUCAUAUUUGUCAAGACAAUACGAAGGGAYGUCACCACGGGGCUGGUCCUGCUGCGGGUGAAGUGGCAGGUAUGGAGGCACGUGAGGGAGAAGAACACAAUCGCCAAGAUCUUCCAGAAGACUGCGAAGAAAUACCCAGAGAAGACAGCACUGAUCUUCCAAGGCACAGGCGAGAGCUGGACAUUCCGGCAGCUGGACGAGUACUCCAACCAGGUGGCCAAUUUCUUCUUUGUCCAAGGCUUCCGCUCGGGUGACGUGGUGGCGCUUUUCAUGGAGUCCCGCAAUCAGUACGUGGGGCUGUGGCUCGGCCUGGCCAAGAUCGGGGUGGAGACGGCCCUCGUGAAUUCCCACCUGCGCAUGGAGGCCUUGCUGCACUGCAUCACCAUCUCCAACUCCAAAGCUGUGGUUUUUGGGGUGGAGAUGAUGGAAGCAAUGCAGGAAGUGCAGCCCUCCCUGGAUAAAUCCGUCCAUCUCUUCUGGUCUGGGGAAGAAAGCCCUGAAUCCGUUCUUCCUGGGUCGAAACACCUGGACCCCCUCCUGCAGAUGGCCCAGCGACACCAGCCAGCYCCCCCUGAUAAGGGCUUUCUUGAUAAACUCUUCUACAUCUACACCUCCGGCACGACRGGGCUGCCCAAGGCUGCCAUUGUGGUGAACUGCCGGUACUUCCGCAUGUCCAGCUUAGUUUUUUACGGUUUUCGGAUGAGAUCUGAUGAUGUGAUGUACGACUGCCUCCCGCUCUACCAUGCUGCAGGGAACAUCGUGGGGAUCGGGCAGUGCCUGCUGCAGGGCAUGACGAUUGUCAUCCGCAAGAAGUUCUCGGCCUCACACUUUUGGGAGGACUGUGUGAARUACAACUGCACGAUCGUGCAGUACAUCGGGGAGAUCUGCCGCUACCUGCUGAACCAGCCGUACCAGGACGCCGAGCGGCAGCACCGGGUGCGCAUGGCCGUGGGCAACGGGCUGCGGGCCUCCAUCUGGAAGGAGUUCAUGGCCCGCUUCGGCAUCGCCCAGGUGGCCGAGUUCUAUGGRGCCACCGAGUGCAACUGCAGCCUGGGAAACUUUGAUGGCAACGUUGGGUCAUGUGGCUUCAACAGCAGGAUCCUACCAGGUGUGUACCCCAUUGGUUUGGUGAAAGUGGAUGAAGACACCAUGGAGCUGAUCCGGGGACCAGAUGGUGUCUGUAUCACCUGCAAACCAGGGGAGCCGGGGCAGCUGGUGGGUCGCAUUGUCAAGAGCAAUCCCCUGCAGCACUUCGAUGGYUACCUGAAUCAGUCAGCCACCAACAAGAAAAUUGCCAGGGAYGUGUUUGCAAAAGGGGAUGCUGCCUAUCUCACAGGGGAUGUCCUGGUGAUGGACAAAUAUGGCUACAUGUACUUCCGAGACCGCACCGGGGACACAUUCCGAUGGAAAGGGGAGAAUGUCUCCACCACGGAGGUGGAGGGAACGCUGAGCCGCAUCCUCAACCUGACAGACGUGGUGGUUUAUGGUGUGGAGGUCCCAGGGAUUGAAGGAAGGGCAGGAAUGGCAGCCAUCGCCGACCCGGACAACUCSUGUGACCUGGAAGACUUUUCCAGCAAGCUGAAAAAGGCCCUGCCACUSUAUGCACGUCCCGUCUUCCUGCGGUUCCUGCACGAAGUCUCCAAGACAAGCACUUACAAGUUYCAGAAGAUGGAGCUGCGGAAGCAGGGCUUCGACCCCGCCCUGGUGAAGGACAGGUUGUAUUUUCUGGACUCCAGGCAAGGCCGUUACCUGCCGCUGGACCAGGCAGCGUUUAGCAGGAUCCAGUCGGGAGACCAGAAGCUGUAACCGGUGGGGCUCAAGCAAGGCACCUUCCAAAUCCUGCUGGGAAAAGGGGGCAAGGCAGGCACUGGGGAAAGAAAGAUUCAUGGAGUGAUACAACGGCACGCUAGAGAUUUUAUUUGACGAGUUUUACAGAUAAGGGUUUGGGRGUAACACAGAGGGGACUGAGGGGAGGGGGAUGGUCACAUACCAAAGCAUUGACUCAUUAUGGCUUUAUUUUCUACUUGGUACCAUGGUGGUGGUCUCAUGCCACAGGAGGGGCRGGGCCCUGGCCAGUUGAGGAGGGGUGGGGUGCCCCUGCCAUUCCACUUUGCUUUUCCUGUCUUUCCCUCCCUUCUCCUGCCUGCAGCAACCCUUCCUUGCGAAGUCCAUGAAGGGACCGGUGCUGGGCUCUUCCCCACUCCUCUACCAAGUAGCCAGCUCCUCCUUGGCACAGGGACCGUGCUGGCAGAGGGAAGCUGGGUGCCAGGCGCAGCCCCUUCCCUCUGCAUGGCCCUGCUGGUGUUGUGUGUCUGCUGUGAAUCAGGGGAGCAGGGUAGUGUUGGGCUCAGGAAGGGGGCAGGGGUGUGUUUCUACCAUGCCUUUCUCUCUCCUGGGGAUGACAUUUCUAUUUUUCACAAUCACACGCACAUUAUAUUAUAUAUAUAUAUAUUA